CCGCCUUCCGGCCCGGCUGUUGUGGGCUCGUCCCCAUGCUCUCUUGGGCUGAGCAGGGGCCAGAGGGGCAGAAAGGCCGGCGUGCCUCAGGGCACUGACGCAGGGAGGCCGCUGGACCCGCCGCUCCCAGGACGCUCCUGCUCCCCAGCUAGAGGAACCCCGAUACUCUGAUGGAUCUGAGGCCCUGCUCGCUGCUCCUGCUCUGGACACUGGUGGUUGCCCUCGCUCUCCUGGCCCAGGAGGUGCUGGCCCAGUGUAUUUACACCAACACCUGGGCUGUGCUCGUCCCCGCGGGGCCCCAGGAGGCUGACAGGCUGGCCAGGAAGCAUGGAUUCCUCAACCUGGGCCCGAUCUUCGGUGACUACUACCACUUUCGGCACAGUGGUGUGGUGAAGCGUUCCCUCUCACCCCACCAGCCCUGGCACAGCCGUUUGGCCAGGGAACCGCAGGUGGAGUGGCUGGAGCAGCAGGUGGCAAAGCGCAGGACCAAACGAGACAUUUUCAUGGAGCCCACGGACCCCAAGUUCCCACAGCAGUGGUACCUGUACAACACAAACCAGCGGGACCUGAAUGUGCGUCAGGCCUGGGAGCAGGGCUACACGGGCAAGGGCAUCGUGGUUUCCAUCCUGGAUGAUGGCAUUGAGAAGAACCACCCUGACCUGGAAGGCAACUAUGAUCCAGGGGCGAGCUUUGAUGUCAAUGACCAGGACCCAGACCCGCAGCCCCGUUACACACAGAUGAACGACAACAGACACGGCACACGCUGCGCUGGGGAAGUUGCUGCUGUGGCAAACAACGGGAUCUGCGGUGUCGGCGUGGCUUACAACGCCAGGAUUGGAGGCGUGCGCAUGCUGGAUGGGGAGGUGACUGAUGCUGUCGAGGCCCAUUCCCUGGGCCUCAAUCCCAACCACAUCCACAUCUACAGUGCCAGCUGGGGCCCUGAGGAUGACGGCAAGACUGUGGAUGGCCCGGCCCGGCUGGCGGAGGAGGCUUUCUUCCGAGGGGUCAGCCAGGGCCGAGGGGGGCUGGGCUCCAUCUUCGUCUGGGCGUCUGGGAAUGGGGGCCGCGAGCACGACAGCUGCAACUGUGACGGUUACACCAACAGCAUCUACACGCUGUCCAUCAGCAGCACCACGCAGUAUGGUAAUGUGCCCUGGUACAGCGAGGCCUGCUCCUCCACCCUCGCCACCACCUACAGCAGUGGCAACCAGAACGAAAAGCAGAUCGUGACGACUGACCUCAGACAGAAGUGCACUGAAUCGCACACAGGGACGUCGGCCUCGGCGCCCCUGGCUGCUGGCAUCAUCGCCCUCGCCCUGGAAGCCAA